AUGGAGCUGCGCUAUUCUCCAUACCAGCGUAAGAAAAGCUCCAGAAAAGCAAAAGUAGCUAUUGAAAUGGACGCACGGUUCCACCAUGAAGUGCUUAAUUGGACUUCAGAAGAAGAUUCCUUGCUGCGUGAUGGCGUUUGUCAGUUUGGGGGCAAAAACUGGAAAGCGAUCUCGGCCCGCAUCGAGCAUCGAUCGUCAGAGGAGUGCAGCAAGCGAUGGGCGGCCCUUCAGGGUCUUGACACUGUUGUCAAGCGACCUUGGAGUGAAGAAGAAGACAUGAAAAUGCUUCACCUCGUGGAAAAGUACGGGGCAAGCAAGUGGUCUGUAAUCGCUUCUUACCUGAAAGACCGCAAUGGAAAACAAUGUCGCGAAAGAUGGCACAAUCAGUUGAAUCCGGCCAUAAAAAAAACACCUUGGACCGAAGAAGAGGAUGCGAUCAUCCUGCGAUUACAGGCUCAACUCGGCAACUGCUGGGCGAAGAUUACUGCUGCGCUGCCAGGCAGGACGGAUAAUAGUGUGAAGAACCAUUGGCACUCAUCAUUAAGAACGUUAGGAGAGUGUGGAGGUGACUCAUCUUCCCAAGGACAUUUAGCAAACACGAAGCGCUCCAAGUCAAAAAAAAAAGCCGCGCAAGCUCCAGACGAUGUCACUGCGAGUGCAGCUCAUGUUAUUCUACCCAGUGAUUUGUCUAUAAUCCCGUCUACUGAUUCUGCAGCAAGUCCGGUGCCGGGUGGUGCUGUUUCAGCUGUUCCUGAUGACGGUCUUCUCUCGCCUGAAUCUGUGUCAGAUGUGGAGAACUUUGAUUUGUACAUGUUCUCUUGUGCUCAGACAUAUCAGGAAGAUGUUUUGAAAGCAAAAGCUGUGAUUGACAACAUUUUGGAUCCGAUGGGCCUCGGUGGUUGUACCGUAAACAAGUCGUCUACGCAGUGUGGUUCGGAUCGACGCGAUAACGAGACUACUUUCAGCAACUCUUUCCAGCGUUCGAUGGCAACGUGGCACGCAAGUGACUACAAAUUCUGUCGCUCUGCAAGUAUUGACUCGAUGUCAGAUCCUACGUCGCCAGCACAACCUCCGUUUGGUUUAGAUGAGCUGCUUUUCGACUCGCUGCAUGAUAUGUGUGGUGGUGAAUUGCAGUCGCCUGCCGCUUUGGUUCAAAAUACGCCUCCAAGUGAAGUUUCUGUUUCGUGUCAGCGGCCAUUGGUCGCAACGGAGUGGGAGCCGUGUGUUGCAUCUUCUUCUCUGUCUGUAUCCACUGCAAACGCGACGUAUUUGACAUGCAACCUGACUGAUCAGGUCGAUGACACGUUAUUUUUGACAAAGGAUGAGCUAACAGUUAAUGCCGAUGACACGUUGUUUCUGCCUAAAGAAGCAGAGCUAGCGAGUGCCGUGACGUGUACAAUACCACAUGUCGAGUACAACAUUGCGCUGGAUACCCCAACAUUCUCGUCUCUGCUCGAUGUGGAAAUAUAA